AUGACGCCAAACGUAUCUCAGCUUCGCAAGAAGCUGGGCUAUCCUCUGUAUGGUGCCGACUUCGACCCUCUCAACCCGGACUUCUUGCUCGUUGGUGGCGGAGGUGGAUCGAGCUCUACUGGCGUACCGAACAAGAUCUCCCUCAUCGACACGUCUCGGAGAGAUGAGCUUCACGAGGUAGCAGAGGUUGAACUGGCAAAGGACGAAGAUUCUGUCACAACUUUGGCCGUCGCUUCGUCUACAGAGCACGCUCUCACAGCUAUAGCCGGUAUCAAUAGCUCAGAUGCAGAGCAGGCGGCUGGCAAGAAUGAGCAUCUACGAUCGUUUCGGAUUUCAUUACCAGCACGAAAAAGAAAAGUGGAUGGAACAAAUGUUGAAAAGAUAGAAAGUCCGAACAGAGGCACACAAGCCUUGGGCAAGAAUGCUCUUUUCAAGAGUGCCAACGGUCCCAAGAAUGAGACGUAUCAGAGAGUGCUCGCGACGUCGCGGAUCAAGUCGAGAAGCGAAGCACGGAUUGCCGCCAUAGCAACUGGCCUUGCUCCCGAGAAUGAGGUCGUCGUAUUCCAGCCGGUGUCCAAUGCCGUCACUAGCACUGUGGAUGAGAUUUCACGCAUCAGUCUUGGAAAGAAGGAAGCUGCCGACGUCGAUGUCGUACCAAUCGAAGGGAACGGACACUGCCUUGCCUACUGCACAGACGACGCUGUUUUCUUGCAGCAGCUGCCUAGGACGAAGGGAAGCAGAAUAGAGGCUCCUGUCAAGGUCUAUGAGACUGUCGAAUCUACUUCGUCAGUGGCACCGUCUAGAAGACCGAAGUUCAGAGCCCUUCGAUUCAUUUCGCCCAGAUACAUCCUACUCCUACAAAACAAGCCCGCGCGAACAGGCACUUCGCUCAUCAUCCUCAAGCUCUCAUCAGACAUGUCAAGUGGUCGCAUUACGCUGAAGAAGGCAUUAGGCAAGAGUACGAAGGCAGCUGUUGGCUUGGAUGUCUGCCCGCUCUCGUCAAAUCCAGCAGGCGACUUCCAAACCAUCAUUGCUGUUGCUACGCAGGAGUCUUCUAUCGAACUCUUGACAAUCGACUACAACAACACAGCAGGGAUGGGACGUUUCAACAAUGUUGGAUUCCUCCGUGAUGUACACAGCGGACCUUUGACUCGCAUAGUCUUCUCGAACUUCAUCAAGCCGAGCACACCGGCCAACAAAACACCACCGCAGCAUGUUCGACUUGCUUCCGUUGGCGUGGACCAGACCGUCGUCGUGCAAAAUAUGCCCCUUCGACCUUGGCCCGUGGAGAGCCACACACCUCGGUACAUACUCCAGGAGCCACCUGCCUCAACACUCCAGACCUCGAUCAACAUCUUCAUCGCCUUCUUCGUCAUUACUCUCGUCGCCUUCCUCAUGCAAGUCUUCUGCGAAAUCCGCGGCGCACUACCUCCAACGCUCGGUGCUGCAAAUUGGCUUUCCCCACGCGUCUCGUCCCUGAUCGCACAGCCUUACCCCUCACUAAGCCCUUCGGCGGCUUCCUCGUCCAUCUCGAGCAUCAUCGACGCCAUCUCCUCGGCUCCUGGCAGCAUCCCUACUAACAUCCUCGAGCCACCCUCAUUGUCUGCUCUACAAGACCAGCUCUCAGCAGCUGUAGCUUCCGCUUCGUACACCGUUUCGAGCGCGGCAGCAGGCGCUGCUGAGUCUGCCGGGUUGAAGACGCCGAAGGCGAUUGUCGUGCGUGACACCGGCAGUGACGUAUCUGCUGAGCUCCUGCAUCACGACGUCGAGGGUCGUAAAAGAGGAGACAGUGCGGAAAUGGGAGGAAUUGACUGA